AUGUCGGUCUUCUCAUGGGAGGAACCCGCGCCGAGGCCACGCUACUACGCUCAGGCGCUGUCUGUAGAAGACUUGAAAGCGCUCGCACAAGGCGAGAAGAACCACAACCUCCAAGAGUGGUCGAGCGAGCGCCUUGUCACUCACCAUGAGGGUCAAGAGGCUUUGGUUCCUCGGGCGAUGCCUAUGGUGGAGAAGAUGAAUGCGCUCGCGGACAUUGAGCACGAUAUGCUGCAAAGCCAGCGCGCUGCAGUGAAGACGAAGGAGAAGGAUGACGAAUACAUUCACACACAUUUUUGGCGGUCCUCUCAGUCGACAUACGACCUUUGCUCUUCUAUGCUGCCACCUUCGCUGCCUCAGUCAACACCAACCGCACCGUCUGAGGAGUAUGGAGCGCCGCGCCACCGUCGCUACUCACACACUCGCGCAGCUAGCAGCGGAGACUAUUUCUCCCAGCCUUCCGGCCCUCGCACAAGCGCAUACAACACCCGUCGUAUCUCGCCUCUAGCAUCACCGUCAGGGCCGUCGUCGUCCAGCUCUUCGACACGCGUACGCAGCCCUCUGAAACAAGGAGUGCUGUUCCGCGCUGACCCAGAGGCGACGUUCGACUCUUUCCUCGUGCCACACAAGUCUGGUAAGGGUGAGGUGCUUGCCGAUUCGAAGAACGCGUUGAGGGUUAAGACGCCGAUGGCGAGCUCCAGCCCCAGCCCGAGUCCAAAGGCGAUGACGAAGGUUAGGCGGUUGACGAAGAUACCGUCGAUGCCGCUGCUGCGGAAGCGUAGUAGUGGGUCGUGA